AUGAUGACACAAAGAAAUGAUUGUUGUUCAAAUGUGUUGUAUUCAAGAAUUCCACAGAUUGUUCAGUACAAUGUAACAUAGAUUUUAUACAGAUAGAACAUAUAAAUUUCCCGAGGAGUACAAUGGUAGUCUGAGUGUAAUCUCUCGAGUCGGAAACCUGACUCAUCUGAUUUGAUUUCUUUCAAUUCAUACUUCAAUUAAAACUUAAGCUAAGUUUCCACAAUGCUAGGUGUAGCAAGUGUCAUUCAUUAUUUAAUAUCACAUAAAACUGUACCUAUGUAGAAGAUGUCAGAUAGCCGAAAGCUUAUAUAUUUACAUCAAUGAUAUAUAUUGUUUUUUUCAAAGCUACACUUGUGCAGGUAUUGAUGUUACCUGAGCUAAAGGUCAACAGGAAUACUAUUUUCAUUAUAAGGUAAUUACCUUGUAUACAUCGCCAUUUGGGUUCCUUCUUCAUUGGUCGUAUCGGUGCUUCCGCAGCGGCCUCUGAAGGUUCGCUGGCUGAGGUGAUCAGUCUUAAUCUGAAACUGGUCAGCUUCGUCGCCAUGCUUGCGGGUGGUCUGCUUCAGUGAAUACAGAUUACACUGUCCAUAACCUGCAAUUUUAAAAUUCAUUGCCACUGCUACACACAUCACUAACUUGCCAAUUUCCACUCUCUGUCUAAAACCCCUCCAAAUCCACAUGGACGAUGUUUCUGCUUUCCCGCCUGCUUUUUCACAUACCUGUCUUCUCUCCUGACCCUUUACACCAAGAGUACUCAUUGCUCUUCACAACGAGUGCCCCGAAAACCCUCUGCAGCCAACUUCCCUAGACAUACACCAUGUUCACCUGCCCUUCUUGUGGCAGGUUCUGACCCGAUCUUCAUAUUUGGCCAUCUUCCUUUCAUGCGCUCCCUCAAUUCUUUCCUCCUAUGUCACAGUCAGCUCCAGGAUCACAACCUGCUUUGUUGUCCGUGUUCAGAUGACAACAUCAGGUCGCUGAGUUGUCACAGCAAUCUCUGCCGGAAACGACGAUCUCCCUUUCAGGUCUACCGUCAUAUGCCAGUCUACUGCUGAACCAAAGACCCCUCUAGCCUGAUCUACACGUUUUCCUUGCUGUUCUGUCUUGAUGAAACUCAGUAUUUUUAAACUGGAUGUUGUUGUUUUCUUUCUUUUCCUUUCUCUUUCCAGGGAAUCUGCAAUGUUUGCUUGGACAUUGUCAUGCCUGCAUGUGUAUUGACCAUCUCCCAAAGCCAGUUGACAAGAUGAAAGCACAUGUUCGAGAUUACUGAUUCUUCCACAAAGCUUGCAUGUUGGGUCAUCAUGAAGUCCCCAUGUCCGCAGUGUAUAAACGGUUGUCGUCACAAGUGGAACCAGAUGCUAUCAAAGAAGAAGACGAACACAGAGGCAAGAACGAUAUUGAUGAAGAGAUGGACUACAGUUGUUUGCACCGUUAUUCAUCCGGGGAGCUGCGUGCGAUUGACAAAGCAAGGAUAAGCCUGAUCGAGAAAUACAAGCACAGAUUCCGAUUAGAACUGAAUGCUCCCCAAGCUGACGUUAUGGUAGUAUACAGUGAGAAUGACCGUGAUGCUGCUGAAGGAUUCCGACAAAGUAUAGACGGCCGCGUUCUUAGUCUUGUAAACAGGAAGCAAGCAAAGGUAAAGACAAUGCUAUAUGACAAGGAAGGAUUGGGGGAAACCAAAUUGAACGCUUUGGAAGCAGCUUAUAGCAACAGUACGUAUGCUUUUCUGUAUUUGACGAAAUCCUUUGUUGAAAAUGACUAUACUGCAUUAGUUGCACAGUCAUUACUUAUGGAGUCCAUUAACAGCAAGGACAAAAAAUGGCGGGUGGUACCAUUUCAUACAUCACCGCUUAAAAAUGGACAAUACAAAGUACCCUUGGGUAUCAACACCUUGAAGAGCCUGAAUGCUUGGAACCAGGAUAGAUUCUACUGGGGAAUGAUGGAUGAUCUUCUAAGUGGCACAAUUCACGAGCGAGAAGAUAGAGAAAUUAAAAUGUUUGAUAGGAAAUACGAAGAAGCCCUUAGUAUCCAAAAUGAAGACAAAAAACAUGAAGACUCCAUAGGUAAACUUGAGAAGCUCUCCUUGAACCGCACACAGCCGCAGCAGGAUCGACCUAGGAGCGUUGUGCAACCAAUGCCAAAGCCCGACGAUUCCGUGUCUGCGUCAUGCGACUCGUGCCAUGUAACUGACGAGGAGGAUUAAUAUUUCUUACGAUACCGACAUUCCGGGAAACACGCUAGAGGCAUUCGUUUCGGUAUGGAUAAGGAAUACAUUUCUUUUUUGGACUAUUGCAUUAAAGUAAUGAACGCAGUUUUUAUGGUAGCUGACCUUCACAGUUCGACCAUGUAUACCAAAAUUAAAGGUAACAGUGAAAUGAUCACAAGAUUGGGUUUCCAAAGCUGUUGAUAAAGUUUUCGGGAUUAUGGUGUUUUGGAUGUGAAUUUGCCUAGUGAAUGACGUGGUAACUGUAAGAUAAAUGAUUUUAGUGGCCGUUCUGGAUUCAUGUGUUUUAUAGACGGUUCAGAUGUGGUUAGAUAUUUUAUGUACAUUCUGUGACGAGGCUAAGUUAAACACGACGCGUGAUGAUGUAACCAACAAAUAUGACGUGUGAUGACGUAACCAACUGUUUCAUUCAUUCAAGCAGCUCUGGUUGGUAUUUGCUACCUACUUCAUGAUAAGUGUUAUAAUGUCGCUGCAAAAAAACAUAUAAAUACGUGAUUUAUUUCAUUAUGACAAGUGAGUACUUUGAAUUAAAUUGUACCAAAGUAAUGUUUUGUCAGUAAAUAUUUAUGAUUUUAUUCUUGCUCCAUGCAGCACCCUUCCAUUCGUCCUGGGCCAGAACUUCGCCCAGCCCAGGUGUUAUACCUUGUUAUUUCGUGUAGAGGAGAUCUCGGAGUAAACAAGGGCACGACAAUGAGAAGAAAGUAGAGCGAUAUCAUUCAUUAAUUCUCACAUACUGUCACUCACUUCUUUCUUUCAUAAAAUCAUCCUUUCAUUCCGUAUUUUUUGUUUACUUGUUUUGUUACCCCGUGUAAUAUAAUUUUUUGUUUCGGAGUAUUUGUGACGUUGACUUGUAACGUUUUACACUAGCUUAUGUGGUAAGAUCUGUUGAUUGAGUAUCAAAUUAUGGUUUGUAUCAUAUUUAUGGUGUUUGCUGUUACUAUAAGUUCAAACCUCCUACUUUAGUUACUUACAUACAUGUAGCAAUUUCUGUUUUCGAGAAAGGUUUUCAGGAACCACAAUCAAUAAAAUAGGUUUUUAAAUCCACACAUUUUCCAAAUAGUUUACAAGCAAGAUUACCUGUUAUUUUCCACUUUUAAAGUUGUAGUUGAGCAGAAAUUAUUGGGGCAAUAAUGUUGUACAUGAAUUUAACAAUUAUUUUAUCUUAUGUUUGUUUAAUUAAAAAUCAUCCCAUGUUGAUUUUGUUAUUGGUUAGUUGACUAUCUAAUUCCAUGAUUCAUAUAUUUUUGCUAUAUCAAUAUAUCAAAUGCAGCUUUACUGUAAAACUUGUUAAAAAGAAUUGUUGUAUUAGAGGUUUUAUUUAAAACUUCAAAUUGUGUUACAUUGUGUAAUGUUGGGAGAUAUCAGACUAAAAUGAUGUUUAUCCAAUCUCUUUGCUUAACGUUUUAACUAGUGAUGAUUCUGUCUUUUUUAGUCACCCCUGGGGGAACCCCAGCGGGGACUAUUAUUUUGGUUUCAGUCCCAGAUUUUGACCUCUGUUGCC